UACUGUGCCCACGGUGGCACGGCACGGUACGGCGGCGUGCGUCAUAAUCACGGGAUUGGGAUUAUUUGGUGGUUAAAAUGUCUCCUCAAACGGUCAUUUAAUCAGGCCUCCCUGUGAACUGUCAGACGGUUUGCAGCCCGACACUUCUGCAAGGAUCCUCCUGUGACAACUCGGGGGAGGGAGGGAAACUAGCCAAAUUCUUCAGUGGUUUGAAUCAUUGAUCAACUCCAAGAUAAAUCUGUUUUCUGACAAAAGUCUGUGCGCCUCGAAUAAUGUUCCAGGUUCCCUAGAGGGAAGAUCACCACGACAAUAAGAAAUAAAUGCUGUGGAGCAGCAGGAGCUUAAAAAUGAUGAGCCUCUGGAUGAUGUGGUGUCAAAAGGGCACCCUGCUUAUUGCUUCAAUCCAUGACGCAUGAAUGUGGGAGUCUGUGUCGCUGGUAGUAUUAACUCGUUGCCAUGACAACAGGUGACUGCUGUCAUCUCCCUGGAUCUCUCUGUGAUUGUACCGCCACCUCUGCCUUUUCCAAGACGGUAGCACCAGCUGAUGCUGGUCGGCCUCAGUACAUCACGCAAGUGACAGCAAAAAAUGGCCGUCUCCUGUCAAGUGUCGUGAAGGCCCUCGGGACACAAAGUGAUGGACCAAUUUGCCGGAUAUGUCAUGAGGGCAACAACCUGGAAUGUUUACUGUCACCUUGUGGGUGCACGGGAACACUCGGAGCCGUUCACAAAACCUGCCUGGAACGAUGGCUCUCAUCUUCUAAUACCAGCUACUGUGAACUGUGCCAGACUGAGUUUCUGAUUGAGCGUAAGCCUAGACCUUUGAGGGAGUGGCUGAGAGAUCCAGGUCCAAGGAAUGAGAAGAGGACAUUAUUUUGUGACAUGAUUUGCUUUCUGUUCAUCACUCCGUUGGCAGCAAUCUCUGGCUGGCUCUGCUUGCGAGGGGCACAGGAUCAUCUACAAUUCAACAGCCGCCUAGAGGCAGUUGGCCUUAUUGCACUCACUGUGGCACUUUUUACCAUCUAUGUCCUGUGGACACUGGUUUCAUUCCGCUACCAUUGCCAGCUUUACUCAGAAUGGCGAAGGACAAACCAAAAAGUCCAACUGGUGACUGCAGACCAUAGGAAUAUCACUCAACACUCUCUCCUCUCUUCAAAGCUUGUGAGGAAAGAUUCCAGUGAAACAAUUGUGUGAAUUCACCGACACAACGAACCAUAAUGAAAUGAAAAUUCAUUAAAUCCACACGUCCUUGAAAUGCGCUUAACUCCGGCAAGGAAUGACAGAACAACGUUCAAUUUAGAGAAAUACAUGCAAGAGGCUAAUUUAAUUUGCGACACUCUCAGGAGCCAGUAUAUAUGCACCUAGCAUCUAAAUGCAAUCCCAAUGAAGAGUAGGGUUCAGAGACUUUAUCUCUACUCAAUUGGACAGUAACUAUUAUCCCAUUGUAAGGUUGAAAUUUAUAGAAUGGAACAGUUGAAGUUUGAAAUGCGACAAUCAAUUGUGGUAACAUGUAUAAAAAUGACUUGUGUUAAAAUGUGUUGAUCUGCAUUUGUUAUGAACUGGAGGCAACAAAAAGAUGUGCGCUCAUCAAUGCACAGUAACCAGAUAUUGGGUCGAUCAGCACUAACCUGCAUGGGUCUGGAGAUCUAUUUCUUGUAAAAAUUGUUUAUGAAUAAAACGACAAAGCAGUGAUCCAAGCCCUGGAGGAAAUUGUCCUGCUGAGUUACUCCAGCACUGUGAUCAAGCCCUGGAAGAAAUUGGGAAAGUUAAAUGCAGAUGCAAAGGUGAAUUAUAUGUAUUUGAGAUUUCCAUGUUUAAAGAAAAUGCAAAGUGAAGUGUUCUUUUAUGUAUACAGGAUCUAAUGCUCAUCUUGUACAUCAGUGAGUUGUGUAGAACUGAUGUCACAGAUUUGGUGCAUAUUAACACUAAAAUGGCAUUGGAUUUUGGGAAGCUUUUUCUUGCUUUGGCAAAUGACACUAUUGAAUACCAAAAAAAAUCUGCAUGUUUUUUUAAAAAAAUCACAUUUUAUGAUGCAUUUAGUAACAACGCAGUCGGCCUCCUACGCUCUUGGGCACAGUGCAUCAGCAGAAAAACUCACUUGAUGGUAUAACAUUUGAGGUCAACUUUGCAAUAUUCAAGCAGAAUAAUGUUUUCCAUAUGCAAGUAGAGGAAGUAAAGCAGUUCAUAGUGGAGAAUUGGACCUACGGUACUCAAGAAUGGCCUCGAGGGAGGAAGGUGUGCAGGACAGUUGUUCAAGACACACUUUUUGUAUAAUAGAACAUUUGAACAUUGGGUUACAAAUUAAUUUUAUUUGGCUUGGGUUUUGGUACAGAAUGAGUUAGGAAACAAAUAGAUUUCACCCGCUGAUUUCCCUUUCUGUUUCAUGGAUGAACUACAGGGCUUUUUAGUGCUCUGUAUAUUGAAACCGGGCCAUAAUCGUGUUUUCUGCAUCUCCCAUUAUGCUCUUCCACAAUGGUGAAUCAGAUGGCAAAAGAACACUAUAUAGUUUAUGAAUGAUUAUUACAGAGGCUUGCCUAUAAAAAGUUAACAAACAUACCACUUAUUAUUUUAAUGUGGGUUUUUCCAUAGAAUAUUUGAUGCACAUUUUGAAUAUUUUAAUGCAAUUCCAAAAUUAUCUAAAGUUUAAAUAUUUGGAGAGACUGAAAAAUAUUAAUUUAGUUAUGUCAUUUAUUCUCUCUUUGAUCUCAGAACUGAAAUUGAUGGCAGCGUACUAGUAAACCCUAUUAGUUUAUGCACAGCAACAUAAUAGAGGUGACCCUUAAAUACAGGGGGGGUGGGAUAAGGUUAUUAACAUUCCUAGCAAGGGGUUGUAUCAAAAUAUUCCGUUACCUGAAUCCGUGCUAUCUGCAUGCACCAAAAAUAAAUCCCAAUUUUUUGGGAAGCGAGUUGUAAACUCUGUAAGGUCUAAUAAGGUCUAAAGGAGCGAAACACGAGAGUCGCCUGUAUUCUGUGUAUCCCAUUUCAUGUUUGUGAAUUAUCUGUAUUUAGAGCAACAUGUAGAAAAGUAAACUGUCUUCGGCCCAGCAUGUAAGCAUCCAGCAUAAAACACAUUCUAUAUGAACUGGUGAAUCCUCAUUACAGAUCCCACAUCCCACCUUCUGGUUAUCUCACCCUCCCUAAAUAAUAUAUAUAAGUAUAUGCAUUCAUGAACCUAUCAGCUUAAAGCACUUACACAAGAGAAAGUGUUAAAUAAGAUAAAGUAUUAAAUAAGGGAAAAAACUAUCAGUGCUGUUGAAAAUGCACUUUCAGGUUUUUUUAGCAUUAACAUGUAAUCUUGCAACCUAUCUAAAACACAAGCCUGGUUUUAUUUUAAUGCAAUUUGGCAAAUUAUGUAUUGUUCCUAUGGUCGUCAUUGUUUUGAGAGUUUAUGUUAGAAUGUAACGUGGGCCUACAAAAAAAAAGAUUUUUGAUUUUGAACUUCUGUUUGUGCGCCUAUUUAUAGCUUCAGAAAAUGUGGCUAAUUAAAUUUAAUUGGCCCGAUAACUAAAGUAGGUCCUCUCAUAUUAUAUUGCUAUCCUAAACCACUUCACAGCCACAACCAUUGGAUUAUUUUUUUUGUGGCGGAGAUUUACUACUCUUAUUAUCAAAGUGAAUGGCAAUUUUGCUCAACGGGAUGUAUAAAUAGAAAUCCGGGGAAAAAAAGACAAGCAUUUAGGCAAAAUAGAAAAGAAAGUAUUGGAUAAAAGAUUGAGAAUGCUACCCGUUUCUUUAAGAUUUUUAUGUCUACUAGAACCGAUAGUUAAAGUCUUGGUUUACUUUAUCAUCUAAGCAAAAACACCACUAACUGUAUAGCAUCCAGUCAGUAUUGCAUUUGAAGUGGCAGACUAGAAUGUAGAUUCAAGUCAAGGGUUAGGGAAGGGGGGUGGGUUGGGGAAUACUUCACCCUUUAAACUUGACUCUUGAGUUGAGAUAUAACACCUGACUUAAAUAUUUCCGUAAGAGAAUUUUGCAAUCUUCUGCUUUUUCGAACUAAUCCUUUUAAUCUGAACUAAUAUAGUAUAUAUGAAUAAAAUCAAGUUAUCAACUUUGAAAAAGAACUAAUCCAUUAUUUUGUUUUGUGAACAAAUUUGAAGUAUGAGUAGAAACCUGCCCUGUUGAAUGAAAUAUCAACCGUGAAAGAUGCAGUGGUGUGCAGCAGUUUUCUCCGUUCAUGUACAGAAUCCUAGCAUUGUAAUCUGUUAAUGGGUUUAUUUUGUACAUUUCAGGCUUGAAAAGCUGUUGUUUAUUUUGCCUGCUGGCUCAAUGAAUUUUGCUGACUGGUGUAAUGUGACUAUCUUGUUGUAGGUACUCUAUUUAUAAGCAUCUGACUGAGUUUAGACUUUGUUUUAAACUGUAGAAUUAACUUGAGUUUAUUUUUAUUUUCACAUAUUGCAUUACUUAGUGAUACACUUGCGACCAUGCGCUUUAAUUUGCUUACUUUAAUUCCCUUUUCUCAGUAAUUGCUAUGAAUUGAUCAAACCUGGUUUACUUCAUAAUUUUUAUAAAAUUGCAUCCAUAUGUGCUACAAAGGGAAAACGUUUUUUUUUUAAUUUAAUGCAGAAAAUUGCAAAAUAUGACCAUGUAGGUCCCCAUUGAAUCUUCUAAUUGUUAACCCUAGAAGUGGAAAGGAAUUUUGUUUCAGAUGCAGUUUAUCUACAUUUGAUCUGCACUUUAAAAAAAUAGCUAAUCCCUGUCCAAAGCCAGUUUGCAAAAUAUAUAUUUGCAUGAAUCAGUGUUCUCGGUCCCUUUCUUAUUCAUAGAAUUAACAAAUGAAUUAAGUUUGAUUUUUGUAUUGUGUUUGGAGGUGUAGUGAGUUCGAUGGUCUGACUUAAUAUAAUUGGUUGAAAGUGAAGUUGGCAGAAAUGUAAUAACUGUGUAACAGUGUGGGGAAAUUAAGGUGAAAAUGAUGAAUAAUUUUGUGCCCUGAUACUAUGAAAGUAGCAACAAUGUUUUUAGAAAGGUGGCUAGUGAUCGGACACCAAGAAGGAAGUGGUCUCAAUUAAGGUUCCUGCUCCUGAUCAGUGUGUCCUGACUACUGUUGAUGAGUGCACAUUUAUUGAUAUCUCAUGUGAAAAAAGAGAUGUGGUUUUUUACAGUGCAACCUUACAACAAGAUAAUCUCAUAUUCACUUUAUGAAAGAUAGAUGUGCGACAUAGCAUCAGAGGUUGACCACCAAGCUUGGAGCCCUUGCCCCAGCCAGGUUUAGCCGCAGGAGAGUUGGGGAGAGUUUAGUUUUCCAUUGUUUAAAUACUAACCUUUGAAGAAACUGAUCUAUUCUGAUCAAUUAUCAAGAAUUUCAAAAAUUUAACAACUAAUGACCAAAGUGGCUUUGUGGCAAAAAUCACGUUCAAAAUUGUAGCAAUCUGGUUGAGAUGUGGUCAUAGGUUUUGCACAAAGUUUCGGUUGAUAGAUUUGAGAAAAACAACAGAAGACUGACAGUUGUUAAAAACUAAAGUACAGUUUCUUUGUGAGAAUGGAACAGAGCUUUUUCUAAUUUUACAGAAAUAAAUAACCUUUUUACUUUUAAGAUCCUCCUUAUCUAAUAUCUUUUUGAUUAUUUAUUCAAAGAUUUAAAGCAUAAUUGAUGCACAGAUGUUUAUGCCACUAUUUUUAAAACUCUACUUUUAUCCCCAGAACCCUGGUCAUUAUACUGUUAAAUGGGUAAUAUUAAUGCACACAGUUGUUCCAUUCGCUCUUUCUAGAUUACUUCCACUUAUUGAUUGGUUGUCAAUCCAAAAUCAAAAAAACAGUUUCUGCACUUGAUCUUGGUAUAAUUCUUUAUUUUGAUAUGUCAAUUUGCCUCUCUAAUCUGUGCUAAUAUUCAGACUCAUUGGAGGAAGGUCUGGAUUUAAUUUUAUGAAUUUUAUAUAAUGCAUUGUAAAGUGGUACCGUAUUGUGAACUUGGCUAUUUGAAUAUUUCUUAAAACUCGACAUUUCCAAGGACUAGAAUAGGAUAUGUAACGUGUUUACAACAGUUAUAUAUACCUUUGUUAAAAUAUUCUAUGUUGCCGAGAGCAAGAUUACAAACCCAGAUUAAUGGAGCCAUGUGCUAUUUUGGCAACUUUGGAUUGUAAAUUAAUUCUAUUAUGUGCACCUAAUUGAUUUAUCUGUGUAUGUUUUUAAUUUCUUAGUAUUCCAAAAAAUAGGAUUUAUUUCUAAAAGGACUCGGCAUCUGGCUGAACCAAUACCUUUAGGUCCCGCCACUUGCUGCAUCACUUGUGCGAAAUUAAGAACUGCCAAUACCUGAAAUAAAAACACAAAUGCCUAGGAACACUCAGCAGUACUGGCAAAGGGUUAUCGACCUAAAACAUUUUUCAUUCCACAGAUGCUGCCUGACUGUUUCUAGCAUUGCUGUUUUUGUUAUCGGCUUCUAGCGGCGCUGCAUUUUAAGUCUCAAUGUCUAAAUUGAAAAAGAGCAGUUACUGAGUUUCUUGCUUCUUAACACUGUCCCUGCUGCUGUUGCACAAGUAUAAACAUUGUCUGGCUCAGUUAUGUAAUGAUCAAACAAUCGACUAAAAGCCACUGUAGGGCUCUUGUGUCUAAUAAAUAAUGGCUAAUUUAAUAAAAUGGAAGAACAUUAUACAAACAGCAAGUUAAAUCACAGAUAAAUAAUUGAAUGAGGUGAAAUUUUUAAUAAGAUCUUUUACCUUUAAAGCACCUUUGAAUUUGCACAAAGAGAAGAAAUCAUUAGUUAGAAUCUCUCAUUGGGGAGUUGUUUGUAUUUUAGCCCAAUUGCCAUGAUGCACUGAAUUUUAACUCCAGUACAAAGUUUUGGUCAUUAAUCCUUGAAAGAAAUCCCACUUAUAUCAAUCUAUGAUGUAUCAAACUAGUUCCCUCUUCUAUAAUGUAUGUAUCAUUUUGAUGUAUCAAAAUAGUACCUGUCAUAUUUUAGGGAACUGAAGGCAUUUUUUUAAUUCAGUACUUAAGUGGGCUUUUGUUAGUUCCGUUGUAUGAGGAACAAGACUGGCAAUUGGAGGGUGCCUAAAAAUCCUCCCUAAACCUGAAGUGUUUUAUGAUGACACUCUAAAAUGACUUGAACAGCUCUUGUGUGUACUGAUUUAGUGGUGGAUAACAUUUUGUCAUUGUGGAGUAAAUUCCAGUUAAGAAUUGAAACUGUUCAGUAAUUGUUUCUUCCUCUUUGGACCAUCUCUUGGAAAAGUUGGGGGAAAAAAACGUACUAUAACAACACACUAACUUAUGCAAUAGUGGGUCAUCCAUUUAUUUCAAGAUGUUUGAUUUUGAGCUAUGUUUUUGAAAAGACUGUACCAAGCUCUUUACUGAAAGGAUGUUUUGCAUGGAAAUGGAUUGAGGUUUUCAACACCUCAUCGAGUGUAAAGUUCCUGUGGUUUUUUUUGUCCAAAUGGUAGUUAAUUGCUCUAUACAUUGCUAAUGUCAUUAUUCUUUGAAUGUAUAAUGUUUUAACUAUCUUGUUUGCAGUUGCUUUAUAUUGUAAAUAUAUAUCCAGUCAUUGUAUUCUCUUAUCUCAAUUAUUAUAUACCUUUGGCUGAUUUGUCUUCAUUCCAUUUUAUAAAUAAGAUACUUGUACUCGCAAUUCAAUUUAGAACAUUGAAUAAACCUUAUCCAGACACCA